AUGAGUAUGGACGAUAUAAUCGAGGUGGACAGUGAAGCUGGAGACACCCCUAUGGAGUAUGAAACCGAUAUUUGGCCGCAACAACAACAAUACGAAAAUAAACGGCGAUAUCACGGCUACCGAGAUGGAGCAUAUCUUUUGCCAAAUGAUAAGAGAGAACAGGAUCGUAUGGACUUGGAACACAGGAUAUAUUAUCUUCUCCUUAACGGCAAACUAUAUCGAGCUCCAUUGAAGGGAAACGUGGAGCGUGUACUUGACCUAGGGACUGGGACCGGUACCUGGGCCUUUGAAUUUGCAGAGCGCUAUCCUCGUUGUGAGGUUCUAGGGACUGAUCUAAGUCCAAUCCAACGACUGUGGGUGCCACGAAACUGCACAUUUGAGAUUGAUGACUUCGAAGAGGAAUGGCAGUACCCUGAAUCAAGCCUCUUCAACUACAUUCAUGCCCGCAACCUUGCAGGUUCCAUAUCGGACUAUGACAAGUUCUUUGUCCAGGCGUACGAAAACCUGCUUCCAGGCGGGUAUCUCGAGAUGCAAAACACAGAAGCAAACUUCUUUUCGGAUGACGGAACCCGCGAAAGGGCCGUGACAGCUAACUUAUGGCAAAAGUUACUGGUGAAAGGGUACCAGAAAUUUGGAAAACCGCUGAAUGUCGAGCAUACCUGGGCGGGAAAGAUGCGAGCAGCGGGGUUUGUAGAUGUUGUUGAAGAAGUCGUUAAGGUGCCUGUGGGACGGUGGUCGUUAGACCCAAAAAUGAAAGAGAUAGGUCACUACCAAGCAACGAAUAUUCGGGAAUGGCUGGAAUCGGGCUCACUGGCCGUAUUUACUCGGGUUCUGGGUUGGACCAUUGAAGAGCUCGAUGUUCUUUUUACAGCGGUCCAGAACGACUUUUCUGAUUUUCAGUCACACCUCUAUGUUCAGAUGAGGUUUGUGUAUGGCCGGAGACCGAGCUAG